AUCGCAGGCGUUGUGCAAAGCGGUUCGAACUUCGGUGCUUCAGUCUUUCUGCUGGAAAAAGUCCAGGGCAGGGCGAAAUAGUGUCAAAGCAAUUGCAAUUGAAGUGAACCAUCCGCGACAGAAACUAGUCACGUCACUAGUUAGUGUUUUAUCGUGUUACAACGGCAAUUGAGUGUGAGCUUUAUCAAUUUUCGACUGUUUCUGCGGAGGCUCGACAUACACACACACACAAAUCCAAACGAUCCACACAAAGAAAGCGAGAUCCGCAACGAGGGUCGCAUCAUGGAUAGCGUAAAGUCAUUCUUCGCCGGAUCCAGCAAGGGCAACAACAGUCUCGGAAAUCAUCAGCAGCAGAAUGGACAUGGUAGUGAGAGCACCAAUCGCUGGGGCCGGAACUGGAACUCCAGCUCCCAGCACAUGGAUACCAGUUCCACGAAUUCCACGUCCAUUAACAAAACCAACCAUUGCGAUGCCAAACGCAAGGACAGUGAUAACUACUUCUAUAUCAUGUGGCGCGCUUGAAGAUAUAUUCCUACGUAUGUGGAUCUGUACGAAAUUUUGUCAGCAU